AUGACCAGCAGAGCAGUAAAGAGCAUACGCAUUGGCGUAGGCGUUGGGGGCACGAAUACUGAUGCCGUUGCCAUUGACCCCUCUCAGCAGUUCGAGAGCUCCCGCGGUGUGCUCGCCCACCACAAGACGCCCACCACUCCAGAUGUCUCAGCGGGGAUCGAAGCCGCCGUACGAACAGUAAUCGCGAAGUCGGAUCUGCCCUCCGACAGUAUAGCGAGUGUUACAAUCGGCACAACCCACUUCAUCAAUGCCGUGAUCGAGCAAGAUGCGAGACGCCUUCGCCGAGUGGCCGUCCUACGAGUCUCAACGAGCUUCCUCCGAGAAGUGCCUCCGUUCUCCGAGCUCCCCCCAGGCUUGACCAGUAUCAUCAAAGGCUACGUAGGCUAUGUCGAUGGAGGACUACAUAUCGACGGCUCGGAGGAGUCGCCGAUCCGGGAAGAGCAGGUCGUUGCAAGAUGUGCAGAGAUCAAGAAGCUAGGGCUGAAUGCGAUUGUCGUUGUUGCUGCUUUCUCGCCCAUCGAUGACCACUUCAGGCAAGAGGAUAGAGUCAGGCACAUUGUGGUGCGAGAGAUACCGGGAGCACAUGUCAUUGUUUCGCACGAGGUGGCCAAUAUUGGUCUCAUUGAGCGCGAGAAUGCUUCGAUCCUCAACGCAGCUAUUCUGAGAUAUGCCAAGCGGAGCGUGAAGCGUUUCAGACGAGCUAUGAAGGCGCUGAAAUUGACAUGCCCUCUGUUCUUGACGCAGACCGAUGGCACGCUUCUGGACUCGGCAGCAGCAGCGAAAAUCCCGAUUCGAACAUUCUCAUCUGGCCCUACCAAUUCGAUGCGUGGAGCUGCCUAUCUCACUGGCCACGAGACUGAGAAGUCUUCUGCGAUUGUGGUCGAUAUUGGUGGCACCACGAGCGAUGUUGGUGUGCUACUACCAUCAGGACUGCCAGGACAGGCAUCGGCAUAUGCAACGGUUGCUGGCGUUCGUGUCAACUACUCAAUGCCGUCGCUACAUUCCAUAGGCCUCGGUGGGGGCUCUAUCGUGCGUGAAGCGGAAGGAGAGGUUGACGUCGGCCCAGACUCAGUUGGCCACUGUCUCACGAGAGAUGCCCUCGUCUUCGGUGGCACCGUGACGACCGCAUCCGACAUCGCCGUCGCUGCUGGCAAAGCAGAGAUGGGGGAUAGGGCAGCGCUCAAAUCACUCAAUCCGAGACUGGUGGAGCAGGCGCAGGAUAGGAUCAAGGCUCUGCUCGAGGGUGCUGUGGAUAUGAUCAAAACGUCACCAGAGCCGCUGCCGGUGCUCGUUGUGGGCGGUGGUGCUGUACUGGCCCCGUCUUCACUCAAAGGUGCAUCACAGCUGCGGCUACCUCCUUAUCACGAUGUCGCCAAUGCAGUCGGUGCAGCCAUCUCGAAAGUUGGUGGCAUCGUCGACAUUAUACAAGACGUGUCAGACCAGACACAGCAGCAGGCAAUUGAGAAGGCGAAGACCAUGGCAAUACAGCGAGCUGUCGACGCGGGUGCCAUUCGGGAAAGUGUCAUCAUUGCUGAGGUUGAGAUGUACCCAGUCAGCUACAUUGCCAAUCAACUGCGCACCAUUGUCAAGGCUGUUGGCGAGCUCGAUAUCAACAUGCAGCAUGAGCAAUUAAAUGAAGGCGAAGGAGACGAUGCUGAUCAAGAAACGGAAGCAGCCAAAGACUUUGCAGUCAAAGUCAUUGACGAGCCACCCGUAGAUCCAUGCACUUACAAGCCCACGAUCGUCAAGCAUAGAACGACUGGCAUACUCGAAUGGCACAUCACUGAGACAGACAUCAACUACCUCGCAGACGGCUGCUACGUCCUUGGCUGUGCCGGUGGUGGUAGUCCAGCUGCCUCACGAAUACAGCUUCGAGAUAUGCUCCGGGCUGGCCACAAGAUGCGUGUAAUCGAUGCAUCAUCCCUCAAAGACAACGCCAAUAUCUACUGGGGCGGACACAUGGGCUCGCCAGCAACCUCAAACGAGCGGCUCCAGUCGCUGGAGACGAUCCAUGCAUUCCGCGCACUGAUGGAGUACCUCCACGAAGAUAGCUUCGACGCCGUCAUGGGUCUCGAGAUAGGUGGCGCCAACGGUCUCGAACCAUUCCUCUGGCGGCUCAUCACGAUUCUUCGACCGCCCUUACAUGCCCCUGGCGAGCUCGCUCCAUGUGCUAUCGACUCGGGCGAUGGCAAGACGAUUCUGAUGACAAAAGCCUCGAAUGACGAAAUAGUCGAUCGUGCUCUACGUGCCAGCUGCGCAGAAAUGGGUAGCAGAGUCGGCAUGGCAGCGAAGCCUACGACGACGCAGAAAGUUCGAGACUUUGGUGUGCUGAACACUGUCUCACUCGCAUGGCGGGUCGGACGUUGUAUUGCCAUAGCGGAGGCGACGAAUACGCUCUCGACAGUUGCUGAAGUAAUCGUGCACGAAGUCGGUGGCGAGAAGAGUGCAAAGAUCCUCUUUCGCGGGAAGAUUGUCGGAGUCGAGAGACGCUUGUUCAAAGGGCACUCUUACGGCAGCAUCACGAUCGCCGGCCUUAGUACGGACGAAGAAGAGGAUGCUGGCUCAUACAUCAAGCGCAUGCCCGCCGUCGCCACAACGGGCACUAUCACGAUCCCGUUCGAGAACAAGAACAUAUACGUCGAGCACACCGCUGAGGAUGGCGAGAAGACGAUGAUUGCGUCGGUCCCUGACUUGAUCUGUGUUCUUGACACCGCCUCGGGCAGGAGUCUAGGUGUGCUGCCGGAGUUCAAGUAUGGGUAUAGAGUCACUGUGUUGGGUAUCACCUGCAGUCCUCGCUGGUCGGAUACGAAGGCUGGCUUGAAAAUUGGAGGACCGGGGGCUUUUGGGUAUGAUAUACCAUACAAGCCGUUAGGGGGGUAUGUCGAGCCUAGGAGUGUGAUUGAGGAGUUUGCACCGGUGUAG